UGUGUGACGAGAAUAAUCACGCGAAAAUGAUCGGCUCAAGUCCCUUCAGAACAAGAGGACCAUCAACCGUAGAUUCCUUUACUGUUCCUCCCCACAGCAAACUAUUUCCCGUCGUUUCUCUUCUUCUUCAAGUUCGUUUAUGGAUUAGACUUUGUAACUUCCAAUCCUCUCUUCCCCUUAUUACAAUUAACUAGGCAAAAACAACUCCUUUAUCGUUGACUCAUCACUCAUCGCUCGAAUCUCGAGCCGGUGAGAUCUGUGGCUGAGAUCGAGUUAAUAAGUCAACGCUUUUACGUGUAAUUGGAGCACAUGAUCAUAAUUUUGCUAGGGUUGUGCUGCUUUCUCUCAACUCGAAACUAAAGCUGUUCAAAUCUGCAGAAUCCGCCCUCAUGUUUUUCCAGUGUGAAUUCACAAGCAACACCUUGGGUCUAUCAGAAAUGUUUUCUUACUGAAAUACAAAUCCACAAGUUGACAUGGUUUCCCCAGGAGACGGUAUACUGCAUGAAGUUGCCUCUGAAAAAUUGCCACAUGGACAAAUUCCUGAUAGUGGAAAUCGUGCAUUGCAACAGAUCCCUGUUAGUGGAAUUAAUGCAUCGCAAUCUGUUCAAGAGGGUUGCAGUCCCUCAAUGACACCAAAGAAAGAAUCACCGAAUUCUAGUACCAGUCGUUUACUGCAAUCAGAUCAAGAAGGAGGCGUUUCUGGGAAAGCAUCAGAGACUACUGAGAUCCUCCACGCAUCUCAAUCUGGCGUGGAAGGGAAUACUCCUUCAAUAAUACGCGAGAAAGUGUCAGAGGAUGGAUAUAACUGGCGAAAGUAUGGGCAAAAAAUUGUCAGAGGAAAUGAAUUCAUUCGAAGCUAUUACAAAUGCACGCAUCCUAAGUGCCAAGUUAAAAAGCAGUUGGAUUGUACCCAUGAUGGGAAGCUUAUAGACACUAUUUACUUAGGCCAGCAUGAUCAUCCAAAGGUUCCAAACUUUCCACAAGCUGUGGGACUUGUUGUGACAAUUGUUGAAGAGAAUCCAGAUGAUUCUUCUUCGAAUGUUGCCAAAGACAAGUCAUCUGAAGCACAUGGCCAGACUCCUCAUCGGAUUGAGCCUGCAGAUAAUCCUCAUCGUUCAGUUGUUGCAGCAAGUGAUGAUUUGAAAAAUACACUUUUGCAGUCAAGCAGGACAAAAGAUGAGGUUGAUAAUGAUGAUAGACCAGGAUCAAAGCGCCGGAAAAAGGAAAAUCUUGAUACCAGUCCUAUUCCAGUGGAUAAACCAUCUGGUGAACAACGUGUUAUUCAAACUUUUAGUGAUGUUGAUAUUUUGAACGAUGGGUUCCGCUGGCGUAAAUAUGGACAGAAACUAGUGAAAGGCAAUCCAAAUCCAAGGAAUUACUACAGGUGCUCAAGUUCUGGAUGCCCGGUGAAGAAACAUGUAGAAAGAGCAUCUCACAAUUCUAAAAUGGUUAUCACAACUUAUGAGGGACAGCAUAACCAUGAUGCCCCACCGUCAAGGACUGUCACUCAUAAUAUAGUAGGCACAAAUGUUCAAGCAACAACUUCUGAUGGGGUAUCUGAGACAAAAUUAGAAAAAAAUAAUGCUGACUGCCCAGAUAGGGCCAUCGAUUCUAGUUUAGGUCAGAGCAAGUCAAAUGAGCAACUAAAUGAUGAAUCAAGAACAAAAUCUGAAGUAACCGGUGGUGGUGGUGCAGAGAUGGUUGAUGGCUCUAGUUUGGGUCCUGAAAGCAAGUUAGAUAGGCAAGAGAAUUGCAAGUCGGAAGCCAUUAGGCAAGAAGUCAAUAAUGUUAAUUCACACCGCAGAGCUAUAUUGUCAAAUGACCGAGUAGAUGAAGAGUCAGAGGCUAAAUCAGAAGAAAAUGGUACUGCAUCCCACGAUACAAUUGAUCAUGUCAAUCCAUGCCCAGAGAAUAAAUUUAGUGAGCAGGAACAAACAACCAAACCAGAAGCCGAGUCUGUAAGAAGCUGAACCCAAGUUGGUGAUGUUUCAACAAUAAAUAAUUAUUCCAGUUUAACAUGAAUUAUUACACUGUUUAGAUUGGGUGAAUGCCAGUAGUGUGUAAAACUAUUUGUAAAUAUAAAAUUUAAGGGGGUAGAUUUUCUUACUGUUAGAAGUAUUUGAUGUAAAAAUAUUUUAAUCAACAUUAGUUGCUAGCUAAAAGAAAGGUUGUUUGUGAUGA